AUGUCAUCUCAAAGCGUUCCAAUUCAUCGUACGAGUAAUAAUUCCGUAACUAACAGCAGUAAUAAGAAUGAUAUUUCGUUUGACGCAUUUAAUUAUGCUCCUGGUCAAGAUCAGCAUAUUCGAUGGUUAAGUCGUCCAAAUCAAACACUUGCACAAGAAAAAUAUUCUCAUGAUGCAGAAAAAUUUCGUAUUACUUUUGAUGUUGAAAAUUUUCAACCAGAACAAAUUAAAAUCUAUAUUCAAAAUCAUCAAUUAACAAUAACAGGUGUUUAUGAAGAACGUAGUGAAGGACUUUAUACACAAAAACAAUUUGAAAAAUCAUUUGAUUUACCAUUUAAUGCUGAUGUUCACACUAUGGCAUCAUAUAUAACACCAGCUCAUAUGUUAGUUGUUGAAAUUCCUCUUAAUCCACAUUUUCAACAACAAUUACCAGCCAUUGAUCAUUUAAAUAUUAAUCAAAAUGUUAAUGAUCAACGUCGUUUAUCAUUUUCAUUAAAUAAAUUCAAUGCAUUAAAUAAUCAAGGCUUAUUAUCUACAUUCAAUAAUACAUCUAGUUUACCAGUACAAGAUCAACAACUACGCAGAACAUCAAUUACAAAAACAACAACAACAAGAACAUCAUCUGGGUCAAUAGGGCUUCCACCUGAAGCAACAGAAUUACUUCGUAGUGCCGAUUUAACAACAGGCUCUACACAAGCAUCUAAUAUACAUAUAACUGAACGACGUUUUUCAAAUACAGGUAAUCAACCAAUAACAAUCAAUGAACCUAUGACAACAUCAACAACAAAAACAACAAAUUCAACAUUAUCAAAUUUGUCUGAUUUACCAAUUGAAAUUCCACCAGAAUUAUUAGCUACUGGUGGUACAAUAACAAUUCAAAAACGAAAAGUUUCUGUAACAAAAACAACUGAUCCAAGUCUUGGUCAACCUAUUUCAGUACCAAUAACAAGUAACAAGGAUACACAUUCAUCAUUAUCUACAACUUCAAAUACAUCGACACAAUCAACAGUACAACAAUCAAAUACUAAUCAAAGACGUGGUUCACAAACUACUACUAGUAAUCAACGACAUAUGUUUACACUUGAAGAAUUUCUUCAAAAUAAAACUUGGAAUCCAUCGAUUAUUGAUGGUGCAAAUGGAAAGAAAAUUCUUUAUAUGCGUUUAGAAACAAAACCAGGUACAAAAGCUGAUCAAUUAAAAGUUACACUUAAUGGACAUAAUUUACGUGUUGAUAUUGAAAAUAAAAUAUUGACGAGCACUGGUCAAGCUAUGACUGAACAGAGUUAUCGUCAAGUAACUCUAUUUCCGACAUGUGAAAUUGAUCAUUUAAAAACGGAAUUUAAAAGUGAUGGUUUUCUUCAUAUUCAAGUACCUAUCAAAUUAUAA